AUGGUUGAGCUUCACGCCGGCAGCUCCAGCAACAGCAGCAGCAACAGCAACAGCAACAGGCGUACAGGCAGCAGGCGAGAUGCGAGUGCCACGGCUCCGACUGCUCUCCAGCUAAAGGCCAGGCCCUUAUUUUCCCGCGCAGCCAUGGCUUCGUCUUCUUCUUCGUCUGUCUCAACUAUCCUGCUGCUCGUCCUGCUGCUCGCCGUCCAGGUCGGCCGCGCAGCCCUCGUCCCCUUCAGAAACUGCCUGCCGGACGCCAUCACCAAGUCCAACCCGGUCAAGCUGCAGUUCACGCCUCUCUACGUCGCGGCGCACUUCAACAGCACGCGGCCGGACCUCAAUCUCAAUGUCACCGUCUACGGCAACGUCAGCGGCACCGAGACCAGGGAGCCAUAUCCGCCGCCAGACGACCCGCGAUGGAGCAACCCGAACGAGACCCUGGGCAAGAUAGUCAGAGUCAACCCGUCGACAAACACCUUUACGACUCUCUUUCCCCGGCUGCACGUCGUCAGCUUCACGGCCGCCGGUGGUGCGGUCAAGCCGUUCUGUGACUCCCUCACCCAGGGCGAGUGUCCCCUCGGGCCCGUCUUCAACUUUGCCCAGGACUCGACGGCGGACCUGCGGGCGUUCUCGACGACAUACAACAUCACUUCUUCCUACGCCUUCACUUCUCUCCUGGCUUCGCUCGAGGUCAAGGCCGGAGACGCCAGCGGGACGCCCUACAGCUGCGUCGUGGCAGACAUCGCUCCGGACCUGGGUGACCCCCUGAGAGCUGCUCUCGCAUACGUGCCCCUGGCCAUUCUCCUGCUGGUUGGCGUGGCCACCGUCUACGCUGCCAUCUACAGCCCCUGGGGGACCACAGACGUCUUCCGCUGGACCUGCAACUAUGGCCGAGACGAGGACCUUAUCCGUCUCGUCACGCCCGGAUUCGCAGACUGCCUGCAGUAUAUCCAGUUCAUCGUACUCACCGGCUCCCUUACGCUGAGCUACCCGGGCUACUACCAGCCCGUCGUCAGCCAGGCUGGCUGGUCCGUCCUCAUGUUCAACCAGAGCUUCGUCAGCAAGGGCAACGGCACCACCCCUUUACUGGACGGCGUCUACUCCGUCAACGGCACCUACGGGCUCGACCGGAUGGGCCAGUUUGUUGGCAUGACUCAGGCUGCCGACAUCUGGGCUGGCACCAUCGUCUGGCUGCUGGUCAUCCUCGCCUCCGUCACAGCUGCCAUCCUACUAGGCUUCGGUCUCAGGUGGCUCCAUCACAGCUUCGGCCAUGUUGCAGAGCAGGAUCUGCAGUCCAAAAACACAGCCUUCACUAUGGGCAACAUCGUCCGUAUCGUAUUUAACUUCUUCCUUCUCCCGCUUGUCUCACUCUCCAUGUUUCAGCUCGUCGUGGCUGGCUCAUCCCCAGUCUAUGUCGUCGCUCUCGCCGUCAUCUUACUGGUCCUGCUCGUCGGCUUCGCUGCAUGGCUGCUCUACCUCAUCUUCUGCACACGUCCUCGCUCCUACCUCUUCGACGACCUGCCCACCGUGCUGCUGUACGGACCACUCUACAACACCUUCAGCGAUGGAGCCGCUCCCUUUGCUCUCAUAUCUGUGCUGCUCACCUGCAUGCGAGGAGUGGCCAUUGGCGCCGUCCAGCCGUCCGGGAUAGCUCAGAUCGCUAUCCUGGCCAUCUGCGAAGUCACCAUGAUUCUCACCCUUAUUGCUUUCCGGCCCUUUGAGUCCCCUACUUCGAUGAAUGCAUACCACACCGUCUUUGCGCUCGUCCGGUGUCUCACCAUCCUCCUAUGUGUCGCCUUUGUUCCGUCUCUGGAUAUUCCGGACCCGGCAAAGGGCUGGGUUGGCUACGUUAUUCUCAUCCUCCAUGGCAUGGUUCUCAUAUUCGGGUUCUUCCUCAACGCCAUCCAGACUCUCAUCGAAGUCGUAGCCAGACAAGCCGGAGCUGGCGGCGAGGCAGGAGCCCAGGGAGAGGCUGCCAGAGGAGGUCUAGUAAAGGUGUUUGGUGUCCGUCAGCUAUCCCGCCGCACCCCCAGGAAGCGCCAUAUACCGCGCCGAAGCACCAAUUCCGAGGCUACCAUGCUCAAUGUCGAUCUGGAGCGUCCGUCAACCCAACUCGACAGCGAACGGCCCAGAAGCUUCUCAGGUAGCUCGGCUGCCCUGCUCAACCGGCCGGGCGUAGACCGCGCGAGCACCGGGUUUGAGUCCGGGGCAGGGAGUCUGUUUAAUGCCAGCAACCCUCGUGGACCUGGCAGCAGCCCGUACACGCCCACCACCCCUGGAGGAGCCUUCUCAACUGGGCCAGGACAAACUUCAGCUGGCGGCGGGUCACCGCGCAGCGGCAUCGUGCAUAUGCAGCUUAAACACGAGACGGCAGACCCGUACUACCGUCCACCCCGGCAACGGCGCGCUACCCUUGAAGGCAUACGCCACACUUCAUGGACUAGCAGUGACAUGGCCAACGGACAGUCGAGCCGUGCGAUCAACACUCCCGAUCCAGAUCUAGACCCAGACCACGAUGCCGAUGUCCUAGCCAACCAUCCCGUGGGCAACGGAAGCACCCCAACACCAGCCUAUCUGGGUGCACCCAGAGAAGACCCCGAUGGCGACGGAGACGGUGAUCCCUCACUUAAAACGGAUUAUGCUGUUCGCGAAGUCGACUUUUACUAUCGGGUCAGAGGCCCUGCGCUGUCACAUUCCGCUACUAGAAAACUCAAGACCGGUCCAGCUGAUCCCACUGGGCCAGUAUCCUCAGCCAGUGGGUGGCUGAAGAGCUUCUUCGGCGGGAAGACAAAGGAUAAAGGCAAGGGCUUCGAGGUUGUUCGAAGCUCUCGUGCUCCUCCCCAGGCCGCAAUGCAGCGACCACCGCCACCGCCUGAACAGGAUAAGUUCACAGAGCCGUACAAGGACGACCCCGACCAUGCACAGGAUCCAAACACCGCUACCGCUGCUGCUGGUCCUUCUGGUUCUGGUCCUGCUCCAGCUUCUGAUCCAAAAUCUUCCCCCGUCACUGAAGAAGCCAAAGCAGAAACUAUCGCAGACAACGGCAGGCCAAUUCUACCCCCUAUAGUAUUUGAAGACGCCAUCGAAUUGCCCAGUCGAACAAGCACUCGCCAUACCCCAUCAGACGCUGCCUCUGCUCACUCACGCUCUCAAUCUCAAUCCCAUCCUGGCCCCCACGGCGGCAUGCGAAUAAGACCACCGACCAUCCCUCGCAAAAGCUCGAAGCGUGGCAGCUCCGUUGACCUGAAAGAUAUAAAACCAGGCACGGCCCGGUCGUUCAUACGCGGACCUCAUUCUCGCAACAAUUCUCGAGACUACGAAGCCACCAACUCCGAUGCUCCCGUUCCUCAGCGGACACUGUCUAACCGUGCGAUUCAGCAGUCGCGAUUACCGUUCGGCUCCAAGUCAUCUUCAACCCACAGCGCCCAGGCAUCAAUCGACUCGAACGAUUCAAUGGCACAGGCCCACGCUGCUGCCAUUAGACCAAAUGCGUCUGGCCAACCUUCUUCGCCAGGCCCCAGACCGAGAAACGCAUCAGCCUCGACCUUUGAAGCUACUCGACGUGGAAAGCUUAAGGGCAUGGGAUACGUCCAACAACACCGAGCCAGCGAUCACAUCCAUGAAACCCGCUUAUCUGGUGGAAGCGCCGCAGAGUUCAUAGGCGAUCACCCUCUUCCACCUACCUCCACUCCUGCAAACUGA